ACGCGUCCCACGACAAUGUCCGCAUUCACGCUCUCCUCCUCCUACGCCGUCGCGAACGCGUCCGCGCUCGUCAAGAGCCGCGGCGUCAAGGCCCGCGCGUCCCGUCGCGCCGCGAUCGCGCCCAAGGCCGCGGUCAAGGUCGGCGACGCCGCGCCGGACUUCACCCUCAUGGGCCCCGGGUUCGAGCUCACGACGCUGUCGAAGCUCAAGGGCCAAAAAGUCUGCCUCGCGUUCUUCCCCGCCGCGUACAGCGGCGACGCCGACGGCGGCUGCGAGUGCCAGCUCGGCGCGCUCAAGUCAAUCUCGGAGACGGACGGCGUCACUGUGCUCGGCAUCUCCAAGGACACGCCGUUCACGAUGGCGCCGUGGAGCGCGAAGGUUGGAUUCACGUGUCUCUCCGAUCCGUCGCUCGCGACGUCCGAGAAGUACGUCGGGACGUUCGACCUCGGGAAGUUCCUCGACGACAUCGACGUGUCCACGAACUUCGCGCCGUACGUGACGUCGAACCGCGGGUGCGUGGUUUUGGACGAGACCGGGAAGGUCGUGUACGUGUGGAACUCGCCGGGGGAGCCCGGGAUGUUGCCGGACACGACGGAGAUUCAAGCCGCGCUCGGGAUCGGAAAGACGAACUUCGCGUGAGCCGAGCGAGCGGCGACG